GACCGGCGCCGGAGCUCCGAGCAGCAGCCGGUGCGGGCUCCGUCUGCGCGGCCAUGAAGCGGGAUCGGCGUGGCCGGUUCUUGCCCGCAGCGCUGGCGGCCAGGAUCGGGUCAGACCCGCCGCUGCCGGCCGAGAUCAGCAGGCCAGAGUCGGUGAGCCGGACGCGCCGCGGACGCGCCGCCGCCGCCGCCCGGGAGGAGAAGAGCGCGCCGGAGCCCAAGCGCUGGGCCUCGCCGCCCUCGGAAGCCGCCGCCGCGCCGGGGAUCCCCCGGGGCCUGACCACGGGCUUCUGCCGGCUUUGCCACGGGAAGUUCUCCUCGCGGAGCCUGCGAAACGCCUUUGGGGAGCCGCCCGUGGUGAGCGAGGACCCGGAGAAGCAGCGGCGCCUGGGCCAAGCCUUCUUCGCAGACUUCCAGCGGCUGGUGGGGGUGGCCGCCCAGCAAGACCCCGCUCUUCCCCCCUUUGUUUGCAAGAGGUGCCACGCCCAGUUCUACAAGUGCCGCAGCAUCCUGAAGGCUUUCAUCCAGAAGGUGAACGUCUCGCCCGCAGGACUCCCCAAGCCGCCGCGGGGAAAGAACAACCUCGCCCAGCCUUCACUGCCCCUCGCCUCAGCUGGAGAAGGAGAGGCGCCUUGUCUGGACCUGAUCACCUCCAGCCCACAGUGCCUUCACCAGCUGGUAAGGUGGAGCCAUGGCCACGCGGAGAACUGCCCGAUGGCACCAAGCCUGCAGAGUGUCUUGUCGUCCAAGUACUGCGGGAUCAUCAGGGCCGUAUGGGGCUGUGAAGAAGGCCACAAUUAUAUCAUGAGCACCGACUCGGACUGCAGCACCUUGCUGGUAGACAGUGCCCUGGCUGUCCAGUGGGAACUGAAGAAGGACAGCCCCCAGCAUGUGACAGGCAACGGGGUGGCAUCUGACAGCUCCGGGGCGGCCAUUCCAUCGCUGCAACCUCAGCACAUUGCUGCUAGAGCAGUGGCUGGCCAGCAGCUGGCAGACAGCGGGAUUGCUUUGCCGGCGUCCAGUGCAGAAAACCUGGUUCCUGAGAGCCGAGGUUUGCCUUCCUUGCAAGACCCCUCGCAGGAGGACCUGCUCCAAGCGACCUGUCCCCGGUCGGGUAGCCCAGGGCGGCCGAGUGAGAAGCUGGCUCUCUCUGCAGCAUCGGAUGAGCGGGUAAAAGACGCGUUCAGUGACCUUUCUGAGGGAGAGUCUUCAAAUGAGGAUGAGAACCACAAGACAGCGCAGUCUUCAGACGACUCUUUUGAGCCUUAUCCAGAAAAGAGGAUGUCCAAUAACAGAAAAGCGGAAAGCAAAGACGCAAACGUGGAGGAGCCAAAAACAAGGAAGAAGCCAGGACCCAAACCUGGCUGGAAGAAGAAGAUCAAGUGCGAAAGGGAGGAGCUGCCAAACAUUUACAAGUGUCCUUAUCAGGGCUGCACAGCUGUGUACAGAGGGGCGGAUGGCAUGAAGAAGCACAUCAAAGAACACCACGAAGAGGUCCGGGAGAGGCCCUGUCCCCACCCAGGAUGCAACAAAGUCUUCAUGAUUGACCGCUACCUUCAGCGCCAUGUGAAGCUCAUUCAUACGGAGGUACGCAACUAUAUCUGUGAUGAAUGUGGCCAGACAUUCAAACAGCGCAAACAUCUAUCGGUCCACCAGAUGCGCCACUCAGGAGCAAAGCCACUUCAGUGUGAGAUCUGCGGCUUCCAGUGCCGGCAGCGAGCCUCCCUCAAGUACCACAUGACCAAACACAAAGCGGAGGCAGAGCUGGAGUUUGCUUGUGACCAGUGCGGGAAGCGCUUUGAGAAGGCCCACAACCUCAAUGUUCACAUGUCCAUGGUGCACCCCCUGACCCAGACGCAGGAGAAAGCCAAGGGGGGGGGAGCCAGAGCCCAGGGCGGUGCUGGACACUGUGGAGGGCCAGCCUAUCAAGGUAGAACUGAGUGCGCAGCAGGAACCCACCUGAAAAUGCCCUGACACAGCUUUGCAUCGAUCGCACAGGACAAGAGGUGGCGUGUUUCGGAAGAGGCCCUGGGAAAUAACUUCUGCUUGCUUGCGAAGAGCUUUCCCUUGCGGUGACGGUCACUCUCUCUGUGCUUACGCUGGCAUAGAGAAGCCUCUCCUUUGCCCAAAGGCAGGGUCCGUCUGCCCUUCCCGCUGACGAUGAUCAAAAGGCAUCACGCCUGUUGUAAAGGUGCAAAUAGCUCACAAGACACCCAUAAAUUCCCUGUGAUGGCUCUCGAGAAUGAUGGAGACGUGAAUCCAGAUGUUUUACAUUAAAUUCCAAAGCCAAGCUCAAAACGAAGAACAGGACAUUUGUAACCUAAUUUUUAUUGUUCAAAGUCAAAAUUAUGCUUGUAAUAAAUUAUUUACACAGUACGCUGGACAGAUCCGGCUUCAAGGCACAUA